AUGUCUAGCUCUCCAGAUGGGAUCUACGAACCGGGGGUCAUUGACCCCGGGAUUCCAGUCAAGAAUUCAACCACUUCGUUCUGGAUUUCCGAACCUUCACCAAUUGCCAAACUCCAAUCGCCUUGGGUCAAUGACGCGGACGUUGUCGUCAUCGGUUCUGGAAUGUCGGGUAUGAAUCUUGCGCGCACAAUCUACCAAAAGAUGCCCACUUGUCAAGUCGUUAUCAUCGAUGCUCGGGAUAUUUGUUCUGGGGCCACAGGAAGAAACGGUGGUCAUAUCAAAACCAUGAGCUAUAAUGUAUGGCUUGAUCGCAAGCAGAGAUACGGGGUGGAAGAAGCAAUUCGGCUCACCGUCUUUGAACACUCCCAUUUGGAAAAGAUGACAGCUGCCAUUCAAGAGUCUGAGAUUGAUUGUGACUUGACUCUUGUCGAGGGUAUCGACGCUUAUUAUGACUCGAACAAUUUUACGGAAGCCAUUUUAGCUCUCGAUGAUAUGCAAAAGUUUGCUCCUCAUCUUGCAAGUCAAUACACAGUCCACACAGCUCAAGACAAACUUCGCGAGCUUGGCUGUUCUGAAAGAUGCAUCGGAGCAAUUAGUAUUCCCGCAGCAUCAGUAUGGCCUUAUAAGAUGGUGACUGCUCUUCUGAACAAAAUGGUUCAGGAGAAUGGACUCCGCGUACAGUCAAAUACGAACGUCAUAUCCGUCGUCGACGCAAAUGACACUGACUUCGCUGUUGUUCAGACGGAUCGUGGCACCAUUAAGGCAAGAAAUGUUGUUCAUGCGACAAAUGGCUGGAUGGGUCAUCUCGUUCCGGAGUUACGACCAUAUAUAUCUCCUGUGAGAGGCAACGUCAUUCAUCAAGUGAUUCAUUCACCCGUUCUCAAUCUUAGAAAUUCGUUCUGGCAUCGUUACGCCGCAAAGGACUGGGAUUACUUGAUCCAGCGUCCUAAAGGAGAUGUUGUUGUGGGCCGGGCGAACAUUGGCCGCCGGACGACGGGCGACGAUAGUGAAACGGACUUUUGCCCUCAAAUCCACCUUCGUGGUGUCAUUGCUGAAAUGUACAUGCAUGGUCAAAUUUCUUCUGAAAUCACCCAUUCUUGGAGCGGAAUUCUUGGGUACACUCAAGAUGGUGCUCCAUUUGCCGGGAGGCUCCCAUUCAGUGAACACACGCAUGAAUGGGUCUGCGGAGGAUAUCAUGGUAUUGGUAUGAUCAAGGCCUUUCGAAUGGCUGAAAUGGUAGCACGGAUGAUUGUAGGAGAGGAUGUUACCAGGGAAUUUCCACGUUCAUUCUUCGUUACCGAACAGCGGAUGAAGAAACUGAAAGAGUCCCUUCGUGCAAAACAGAAACUCUAA